UUCAACCACACUCGCCGGAAGCUUGCCGUGCCAGCUGCCAGUUCUCAACGUUCCCUUCCUUGGGGUGUUCGGGCACUUGCGUUGGAAGCCAUCGUUGGCUACCCUGGUCCGUGGUUGCAGCAGCUGUCGGCAGUAAGUAUUCAUGAUGGCCGUACGUCGGGUUUCGUCGCUCUUGGCGCUGGGAGUGGCGCUCUUCGCUGCUGGAGGUGCUGAUGCUUUCACCACGACAUCUGGCCGUGUGGGUGUAACCACCAAUGCCCGACGGCUUGAGCGGGCAGCAGCAGCAAGCACGCCCUCCUCGGUUCGGGGCAAGCGACGGAUCACCCCGACAGCCGUUUCCGCACAGCCAACGGAGAAGGCGGUAGAUGCCGGCAACGAUACCACGGACCCUUUGCUGCUGCGUGCGGCUCGCGGAGAGAAAGUGGAGCGAGUGCCGGUGUGGAUGAUGCGGCAGGCGGGCAGGCACAUCAAGGAGUACCGGGAUCUCGUCCAAAAGCACCCCACAUUUAGGGAGAGGUCCGAGACCCCAGAAUUGUCAACCGAGAUCUCCCUACAGCCUUGGAGGAACUACAAGACUGACGGCGUUAUCCUCUUCUCCGACAUCCUCACACCUCUCCCGGGCAUGGGUAUCGAUUUCACCAUCGAGGAGAAGGCGGGACCGAAGAUUCCCCCGAUGCGAACAUGGGAUUCGAUGAAGAGGAUGCACCCCAUCGACCCGGAGAAAGCGUGCCCCUUCGUGGGACAGACACUCAACGAGCUGAGAGGCGUUGUCGGAAACGAGGCCACCGUGCUCGGCUUCGUCGGCUGUCCCUACACGCUGGCCACAUACAUGGUCGAGGGCAAGACUUCCAAGGAGUACCUGGAGAUCAAGAAGAUGGCGUUCCUGGAGCCCAAGCUUCUGCACGCCAUGCUGAAGAGCCUGGCUGACUCCAUCGGCGACUACGCCAACUACCAGGUGGACAGCGGCGCUCAGGUGAUCCAGGUGUUUGACUCUUGGGCGGGACACCUUAGCCCCAAGGACUACGACACGUUCGCCGCACCCUACCAGCGAAUGGUGAUCGAGAAGAUCAAGGCGGUUCACCCCGAGGUCCCGGUGAUCAUCUACAUCAACAAGUCCGGGGCUUUGUUGGAGCGCAUGGCCACGUCUGGCGUGGACAUCGUAUCGCUGGACUGGACGGUUACGGUCCCGGAGGCUCGCAAGAGGAUAGGCAACGACAUCGGCAUCCAGGGCAACCUCGACCCGGCCGUCUUGUACGGCGACCACGCCACCAUCAAGGAGCGCACGGAGGAGAUUCUUCGCGACGGAGGGGGGCGCAACCACGUCAUGAACCUUGGACACGGUAUCGAUGCAGGAACACCCGAAGAUAAUGCGGCGUUCUUCGUAGACACCGUUAAAAACUUCCGCUUCUGAGCCAGCCCCGGUCGGGGGUUGAAGCGUUUAGAUAUGACACGCGUCAUAGCUCAGUUAGCCAUUUUGGUUCGGCAGACGUUUAACAUUGCUGGAGUGCUCCAUAGAGAUGGAGACAUUCGAAUAUGUUGCGUACGUGUGUCAGACCUGCCCACUUUUGCUCUUGGGGUACCUGCAUGGGAUGACGUGCGACACAGAACAAUUGUGGCAGUUUACAAGGUCGUUCAUGAUUGGUUAUUUGGAAAGUGUUGAUUCCACGUGUGGACAGAGAUGCGGCGAGACUGUGACGAUGACAUGGGUACCUUGUCGAGUUCAGUCCUGUAGAUGAAAAGCUGUGUUAUUUAGUAUUUGUGUGGCAUCUGAUGGUCUGACCCUGUGAGGUUAGGAACUAGCGAAGGCUCCUGAGAUACAAUAGUCUGACAAAUCGACACCCCGCGAUUGACGCGGUUCCGCAUGCCUUCGCCACAGCCGGUUCGCCCAUUGCGCCAACCAAUAGAAAUCGGCGUUGUGGGUCAGACCUUCUAGGAAGUGUUUGUCCGUAAAAGUUAGUCCUCAAUGCACCAAGUGGGCGAACACUUUCUGAUGUGCACCAGCGGCAACAACCGACAUCGACGUCGGCUGCCGCAGUUCUGCUCUCUACGUAGUUCCAUAGCACUCUCCAAAGCAUCACGUAUGAAACAUCCCCGCUUCUACGCUUCAAUAGUGUUGAUUGGCCUGGGACGAUCGAUUCCUUGUGGUAGGGUGAGACGGUGAAUGGUUUGCGGGAGAGACUACUUGUUGUUUGUCGACAUCUUGGCAACGACAUGGAGAGUGGCUUCGCAUGUGUUGAACCAACGCGUGCUCGUUUUGCCUUUCACGCAGAGCGUCGUGGGUUUUCCCCUGUGUAC